CUUUGCAAACGUCGGGCUAAAUUCUGUCUGCCGAUCUGAGUUUUUUCAAAAGGGAAAUUUUGCCCAAAUGGAGUCAAUCAACUUAGUCAUUUAUAUAGUACCCAUGAUGUCAUUGAUCAUCGGGGGAAGCCUAGCGAUUCCCUAUCAACCGGCAGUGAAUCUGUACGAUCAGCAGUUCUGCAUGGAUACACUGACGGGUCGCCAGCUUUAUAUAGGUGAAGUCUUUACGCGAGAGGAUCAGUGCGUCCGGAUUCAAUGCCUGGAAUCGCAGCAACUCUGGGAGGACAGCUGCCAGGUGCCGAAGCUAACGCAGCGCGAUUGCAAACCCAUUCCGUCGACGGAUGUGCGUGCCGAGUAUCCCCGAUGCUGCCCACUGUACGAGUGCAAGAGCUACGCGUCCAACUCAGGGGGAACUCUGGAGCAGACCGACACGUUCGAUCACUAUGGAACCCUGCGAUCAUCCCAUCUCACCGAGAUGAUAGUGAUGCGGUCACGCCCUCGUGGCGAGAUUCCCACGGCGCCGGCGAGGAAGUAUCAGGUCUGAAAAGUGACCUGGUACUCUGAUCCUAGGAUUAGGUAGUCUGUAGUGCAGCUCUAAUAUGUAAACAAGAAAAUGGGUUUAUUGC